UGCUCAGGGCACGGUGGGAAUGAGAGAGCGAGGGCUCCUACAGUCGUGUCAAUGUGAGAGGAGUGCGAGCUAAUAAUGUUGGUUAGACGGGUUUUGAGCCUGGUUUAGGGGUUACCUAGAAUAGAAGCGACUUCGACAUGCUGUGUGUGACUGGUGAGUCGUCCAGUUCUGAAGACGAGGUUCGCAGCAUGUCCCUUUCGAAAGCAAACACCGAAGAUCUGUAAGUGCGGUGCUCAUGAGGUAGAAACACACAAGCGGAGAGGGCUUUAAUGGCCGAGAGACAAAUCAUGAGGGAGCGUGGGAGCGUAGGAAAGAGUAUUCUAUCGAUAAUGAUGUAGUUUACGGUAGCGGAGCCAGACAAAGUCUGCGUAAUCGGACAAUGGAGUGUAGCAGGCGUCGGUCUAUCGACUUCCUAGCAACUAUGCUGGCCGUCUCCGGUGCUUACAUUUCCUCUGUGCAUUUCAUGCAAAACGGAGAACGCGCCAACCUACACCCGGUUGUCAUUCCAGAUCAAGCGUUGAUAUCACUUGAGGAGGUGCAGAGCUUUGAGCAGCAAGUGGAAUUUCCCGCGCUGCCUGCUCAAUACUAAGUUACGCAUUCGUCCUGUUUUCGUUUCCUUCCGCGCCCCGCUUCCCCGCAUCCGGAGGUCCAUAUCUAGUGAUCAUGAGAUUUGGAGAUAUGAUAUAGUCGGCCAUUCGAGAAGUUUCACAAAAUUCUUUGGAGUGCACAGGCGCUCACGAAGAUAUCAUACUGGAAUUAUGUCGUCCCUUUGCACACAACUGGCUGCAGAUUUUUAUUUCAAAAUUGUGUGCCACUCGGAGCAACGAAGAUUUUCAGAAGAUCCGGCAUAUGUCGUUACGGAUUUACCUUGUUGAAUUACAUAUUUGAGGUUCAUUCGAAACUGCUGUUUCGAGAGCUCGAUUUGGGAUAUUGCUGCAGAUUUAGUAGGUGUCAUCUUUAUCCUAUUAAGAUUUUGCAAAUUCUGCAACUAUGCAGUUCGCCAAGCUCGACGACUCACCUAUGUUCAGGAAGCAGCUCCAUGCUCUUGAGGAAAGUGCAGAGGCAUUGAGGGAGCGGUGUCAGCGAUUCUACAAGGGGUGUCGGAAGUAUACAGAUGGUCUGGGAGAAGCGUAUGAUGGUGAUAUUGCGUUUGCGAAUGCUCUGGAGACCUUCGGAGGAGGUCAUGACGACCCCAUCAGUGUGGCGGUUGGAGGACCUGUGAUGACAAGAUUUACUAUUGCGCUCAGAGAGAUAGGGACGUACAAAGAAGUCCUUCGUUCACAGGUGGAGCACAUGCUGAAUGAUCGUUUGACGCAGUUUGUGAGCACUGAUCUUCAAGACGUCAAGAAUGUUAAGGAACUGAGAAAGCGUUUCGACAAAGCCAGUUUACAUUAUGACCAGGUGCGAGAAAAGUUUUUAUCUUUGAAGAAGGAUGCAAAGCCAGAGAUAGUUGUGGGGUUUGAGGAGGAUUUACGAAAUGCUAAGUCACAAUUUGAGCAAACUCGAUUCAAUCUGAUGACGGCGUUGUCCAACAUUGAGGCUAAGAAAAAGUUUGAGUUCCUUGAAGCUGUGAGUGGCUCCAUGGACGCUCAUCUUCGUUACUUUAAGCAGGGAUACGAGUUAUUGCACCAGAUGGAACCUUACAUUCACCAGGUGCUAACAUACGCCCAGCAAUCACGUGAAAGAGCCAACUCCGAGCAGGUUUUACUUGCUGACCGAAUGCAAGAAUACCGACGACAAAUGGAAAGAGAUAAUCAGCGCUCGUUCAGUAGUAACGACGUCACGCCGGCUGGUGAUGGAAUUCAAGCUGCUGCCCGCAGUUCACACAAGAUGAUAGAAGCUGUCAUGCAGUCUACCCCGAGAGGAAAGGUUCAAACUAUCAAACAAGGUUAUAUCUUGAAGCGAUCCUCAAAUUUGAGAGGUGAUUGGAAGCGAAGGUUUUUCGUGUUGGAUAGUAGGGGAAUGUUAUAUUACUAUCGAAAACAAUGGGGCAAACCAACAGAUGAUAAAACGAUCGCUCAUCAUACUGUUAAUCUUCUGACCUCCACAAUAAAGGUUGACGCCGAACAGUCGGAUCUUCGAUUUUGUUUUCGUAUAAUUUCACCAUCGAAAACCCUAACGCUCCAGGCAGAAAAUGCAAUAGACAGAAUGGACUGGAUGGACAAGAUUACUGGAGUGAUUGCGUCUCUUUUGAACAAUCAAAUACCAGAGCAGCGGCCAUAUCGAAGUCCAAUGGGGCUUCACCAACGAACAGGCAGUGAAACAAGUACAUUGAGUGCAUCUUCAGAGUAUGACGGAAGCGAAGACACGGUAGCAUCUAGAGCACAUCCGAGUGGCUCACGCCGAGAUCACAAUCCGCGUCGUGGUCCUAAACCGCAGGAAAGGCCCGUGGAUAUAUUGCAGAGGGUACCUGGUAAUGGUGUCUGCGCUGAUUGUGGUGCCAGUGAUCCUGAUUGGGCUUCUUUGAACUUGGGAAUUCUGCUGUGUAUAGAGUGCUCUGGGGUGCACAGAAAUCUCAGUGUACAGAUUUCUAAGGUUCGAUCAUUGACACUGGAUGUUAGAGUAUGGGAGCCCUCUGUAUUAGGAUAUUUUCUAUCCGUUGGUAAUACGUAUGCGAACACAAUUUGGGAAGAACUAUUGCCGCCCGAUUCCAGAGCCGCGGAGGAUGCAGGCGUGAGCAGAGGUUCUAUCGAUGAGAGAAACGGAUCCCUCAGAGAUGUGCGAGUGAAACCAAAACCUAAUGACCCAAUCGCCAUCAAAGAGAAAUUCAUACAUGCCAAGUAUGUUGAGAAAAGAUUUGUGCGAAAAUUGAAGGUCCAAUCAGGGGCUCCUCCAAUGGCACGACAGAUCUGGGAUGCUGUUUCAAGUAACAAGCUACAGCUCGUCCUUCGCUUAUUAAUUACUGGAGAUGCUAAUGCCAACACAACCUUUGAGCAAGCCAUGGGUGCUAGUGAAUCAUCUCGGUCUCCUUUGGUCAGUCUGGCAGGUGCGCUUUCACGGAAGGGCUCCGUUUCUCAAAGCACUCGUAGCAAUUGGAGUGGACCACUCCUUCCCACGUCGCAGACUCCAUCUCGACCUCGUUCAGCAGCUUCAAGCCCAUUACGUGGUUAUGACCUACUUGAGGGUCCAAGCUCUAACGAGGCGGCUAUUGCUGAUACUAAAGAUUUGCAGGGUUGCAAUUUAUUGCACAUUGCUUGUCAGAUCGGAGAUUUGAGUUUGGUUGAGCUUCUCCUUCAACAUGGUGCACAAAUUGAAGCUACUGACUCACUUGGUCGAACCCCUCUUCACCAUUGUGUUUUGAAGGGAAAGAACUUAUGUGCAAAGCUUCUUCUCACAAGAGGAUCAAAACCACGUGCACCAGACAUUACUGGUAAAACCCCAUUGGAAAUCGCAGUGGAGAAGGGAGCGAGUGCCGAUGAAGAACUAUUUUACAUGCUUUCUGAACCAAACAGAUAAUGUCAUAUUAGGUGAUGCAGUCCAUGAUUGUUCUCAAAUUUAAUUUCUGGAUUUUGUGGAGUGGCGGUCCUGUGCCAAUGAGAUGUUUUGGUUGAUAUCAGUAUUCUGUCUUUUUUUGUGCAUAUUGUGAGUAGUUUUGAUUUAUAGCUUUUAGACAUUGUCAAGAUAGUGAGACAUGGUACUGAUGCAAACCAGAAUAUGCUAGUGGUUAUUUGGAAACCUUCUACUUGUCUGUAUUGGGUUACUGAGCUGUGAAGAAGUCGGGAGCUUGCGAAAAUCUUCAGUUUGAUUUUACAAAAACCUUGUGAGUUUUAUCUUGUAACGUGUAGGUAGUUUAUAGAUUAGAAUUAUCCAAGGCACCAAUUUCAGGGGACUUUGAAUAGGUAGUUUUUCAAUUUGACUACUGUCGUGGAGACGCAAGGAAUUGCAGGUUUGAUCGAAGAGAGAAUAGAUGAAUGUUACGUAUUGAAUGGUAAAGCUUAUCACGUAAGUUGGUGGUAGUCAGGUUUUUAGUAAUCGUUCAAAUGUUUGGAUGAGCACUGUGAUUAGCGCAAAAAUGGAAAAAAAGAAAAGAAAAGAAAAACAUAAAUAAAAAUCACCUAUUAGUGUAGUUGAAAAAUCACUGCGGCUCUAAAUUUUUCUGUACUAAAAAAGAAUUUACUAGUUAGUUGUCAUACAUUUAUUGUGUGAGCAUUUUAUCGGUCUCCCUAAGCAGGUACGCUUUGUGCAAAUUCAGUUGAUUCAUAAAUUAGUUAUUCGUC